AUGAAUUGGUCUGUCUGCAUGAAGACCAACGCAGAGAACCGAGACAAGCGCAAGUACUGCAGAUUCCACUGCGACCACGGCCACAACACGAGCGACUAUGUGGAUCUCAAGGACGAGAUCGAGACCCUUAUCCGCAAGGGCGACUCGAACAAGGCUCGUAAAGCCCAUUCUCGGAGUUCUGACCCUGAGCAUUAUGUCCAUUUGACCGAAAGGCCGAAGAAAGAGCACUUUGUCAGCCCCUAUAGCUUAACUUUCACGGAAGAUGAUGUGCGCAGAAUCCAGCAUCCACACGACGAUGCCCUCGUGGUGGCUAUGACCAUAACUAACCAUAAGGUCUUCCGCAUCUUGGUCGACACGGGAAGCUCUACGGACGUCAUUUACUCCAAGGCAUUCGAGAGAAUGGGUAUUGACAGGUCACGCCUUCGACCCGUGAAGACUCCUCUAUACGGCUUUGCCAGGGAUAAGGUAAUCUCCGAGGGAGCUAUCUCCCUCCCUGUAAUAGCGGAAGAAGGACAACAUCAGGUCACACUUCUAAUAGACUUUCUGGUUGUCAAUGUGCCAUCGGUACAUAAUGUUAUUUUAGGCCAACCUUCCCUUAGUACGAUGAGGGCAGUUGUGUCCACAUACCACUUGAUGAUGAAGUUCCCCGCUGAAGGUGGGGCCGGAUACCUCCGAGGGGACCAGCGUGAAGCUUGGAGAUGUUAUACAAUAGCUGUAAGAAAAGGGUCAGUGAAACAUGCCCUCACUAUCAACGUCCUCGAUGCCACAGAAGAUUCCCCCGAGGACUUGAAGAUCGUUCUACUCGAGGAAGCUGACCUGAGCAAAACUGUUCAACUCGGGACAUCGUUGAAUUUUAAGCAGAGAUAUCAGAUGCUGACUUUCCUACGACAGCACAGGGACGUAUUCGCGUGGUCGCACGAAGAUAUGAUAAGAAUCUCUCCCGAUGUUAUGGUCCAUAGGCUGAAUGUGGAUUUAGAUCAUAAACCAGUGAAGUAG